AUGUUUUCUAGCGAUGGCGUUACUGGCGCAAAGGAAAAGAGUGAGCUUGAUAUUAGAUCGCCCAAAAUGCCCUUCCUCGAUCGCUCUCCCACCAUAUCCCUCUACUACGAAGUCCACGGCCCACCAACCUCGACCCCCCUCCUCCUCACCCACGGCUAUUCCUCCACCUCCGCCAUGUGGCAGCCCCAAAUCGCCUCGUUCUCGCAGCACUACCGCCUCAUUCUCUGGGACAUGCGCGGCCAUGGCCAGACAUCCUACCCCUCAGACUCCUCAGCCUACAGCGAAGAGCACACCAUCGCCGACAUGGCCGCAUUGCUCGAUCAUAUCUGCGGCCCUCAGUCUCAGGCGAUAGUUGGCGGACUCUCGCUGGGAGGAUACAUGUCCCUUGCGUUUUAUCGUGUAUUUCCAGAACGGGUGAUGAAGUUGUUGAUCAUUGAUACUGGACCGGGGUUUAAGAAGGAUAGUGCACGGGAGGCGUGGAAUGAGACUGCCUAUAAGACUGCGGAAGGGUUUGAAAAGAACGGAUUAAAGCAGCUGUCAGGUCUGAGUCCUGAACGGUCAACGGUGAGGCACAGAGAUGCGAAGGGGUUAGCGCUCGCUGCACGGGGUAUGUUGACUCAGCGGAAUGAUGCUGUGAUUACGAGUUUGGAGAGGGUGCAAGUGCCGAGUUUAAUUGUGGUUGGGGAGGAUGAUAGGCCGUUUUUGGCGGCGGCGGAGUAUAUGAGUAGGAAGAUUGGGGGUGCGAAGAAGGUGGUGGUUCCGAGAGCGGGACAUGCGGUCAAUAUUGACCAGCCGGAAGUGUUUAAUGAGGCUGUCUUGAAGUUCUUAAAGGGUAGUGAUGAGAGGGCGCGGCUUUGA